UCUUCGAUCGGCCAAAUUUCGCUGCAGUAAACUUGGUGGCCCGAGAUAUAUACGGGUGACGAUCAUAGCGCUCCGUGAGCAUGCCUGAAACGUUCGGUGCUGUUGAGUCUCAGUGAAACACAGUACCUCGGUGGUCUCUCAUCCAACAGGACACACUACAUUUUUUUGUAAAAGACAUGUUUUCCGGACUUACGAAUCAAGUGAGUAGCUGGAUGGGAGGAACGGCAAAGAAAGAUGGUGAUCCCCAGAAGAGCGAAGAAGAGAACUUGUCGCCUCAUGCUGUGGAGAAUGACGUGAUAAGCAACACUGAAGCUGAAAAUAAGAAAGACAGUCCGACUAAAGGAAGCAAACUGGAGAUGUUGGGGAAUGUAAAGAGCCAGAUGACAAGCUGGCUAGGGUCUGGUGUUUUGGGAGGCCUAAGGAAGGGGGACCCAUCAGACCCAAAUGCAACUACAGGCCAGCAACCAUCAGAUCAGUCAAGUGAUCCUGCUCAGCAGACUUCUACUUCCGAGAAGCCAGCACAGGACACAACUCAAGAAACCAAAGAAGAUGAUGACUCCAGUGCUACAGGAGGAGCAGACAGUGAUGUGGCUGCCUCUGAACCAGGAACACCUGUGGAGGACAAGGAAGGGGGCCAACCAUUUGGUGCUGUCUCAACUAAAGCUUUGCAAGGCGCCAAAUCCAUAGGAAGCUUCCUUUUCUCUGCUGUGAAUAAGGCUGGAAAAACAGUGAGCGAAGCAAGUGCAAAAAUCAAGAAGACAGUGGAAGAAAAUAGCCUUCUUGGAGACUUCAACAAAGAACAGGAAUCAUUCAUCAAGGAAAAACAAUCAAAAGGUGCGGAACCUGCCUUUCCUCCAUGGGUUGGCUGUGCUAAUGAAGAAUCUCUCAAAGAAGAAUGCCUCACACUUUCUACGGACAGGCGAACCUUUGUCCGUAGCCCACCAGCUGGCGUAGACUUUCAUUUUGACUAUGAAGUGUCAUAUCCCGUAGCCAUGGCAACGCUGGCAGAGGACCCAAAUCUGGAGAAGAUGAGAUUUGAACUGGUUCCUAAAGUGAUAAGUGAAGAAAACUUCUGGCGGAACUACUUCUAUCGUGUGAGCCUUAUCCGUCAGGCUAAUGAGUUGUCAUCAAUGGUCCAGGAACAGGGUGAGAAUGCUUCAAAGCCUGGCAGUGUUGACGUUGCUGAACCAACUGCAAAACCCCAACCCCAUGAAGUACCUGUUGCGGAACAAGCACCUGCAGACAGCCCCUCUCACGAGUUUGUGUCAGACACAUUCCAGGCAAGUUCCAGGGACUUAGAGGAGGUUCGAGAGGGUAUGAAAAAACUCGGUAUGGAUCCUGACAAAAGGAAUGAAGAAGAGUGGGAGAAAGAGCUAGAAGCAGAACUACAAGAUUAUGAAGUGGUUGCAGAUGGAGACAGUCAACAAGACUCAAACUGGGAGAAUCAAAUUGAGGAGAUGCUGGAUGCUGAGGAUACAACUGAUCUGAAAUAGCUGACAACUUGUAACAGUAGGCUGACGUACAUUUAUGACCAGUUGCAGCUUAUUUUUGGGUAUACCUAAGGGCUUCAUGAAAUGGCCUUCUUUCAUUGUAAAAGAGAUUACUGCUAGCCUAAAACUAUUUUAUUUGUUCUGGAUGUCAGCUUCAGAAUUCGCCAAAUAUUUUAUUAAUCAUAAAGGAAAAAUGUCAAUUUUCAAGUUACCGUGUUCUAUAAAACAUACCAGAGAAUGACUAUAAAAUAUCAAAUUAAAAAUAGUGUUAAUGCACAUUAAUAAAUAAAUAGCUGAAUUAAUUUUCUAAAAUAAAUGAGAUUUCCUUUCAUUGGGUGAAAUAGAAGGAUAAAUUACUACAUUUUGUUGAAAUACUAGAAAUAAAGUAAUUUGAUUUAUUUAUGUAAAAAAACUUUUUUUUUAAAAUUGUGUUCCAUAAAUUAAUAUUAUUUAGUGUUGCUAUAAAUUGUAUAUGAGUGUAUGUACAUACUUCAGAAUAUGUGAAAAGUUGUAUAUGAGAACUGUACAGUUUGUGAUCAAGUGUCUGUUUGUGAUUAAGUUCAGCAUUUUAUAACAAAAAGUUGUUACAACCAAUUAUUUUUUGUGUAGCAGGAAUUAACUGUCAUAAAAUUACAAAAUUUUAUAUUUCGAGUAAUAAGUGUGCUUACAUGUUGUACCAGAGAAUAUAAAAGUUGAUGGAUCGAGUGAAGUAGAAAUUGUUAGAGUGCAAUA